CGAGCGGGCCACCAUCGCGGACGGGGGUAGUGGCUGCAGCCGCGGGCGAGCUGGAGAGAGGCGCUGGUAGACGAGGAGGAGGAGGAGAAGGAGCUGCCGCCCGUGGAAAAGUUUCCAAAACUCCCGCCGGCCGUGUGCAUGAGGUCUCCUCGCAUCAAUCCAUGCGCGCCGGGCCCGGGGCUCUCCAGCCCCCGGGAGCUGAAGUCGGCGGGGCCGCGGUACGAAGCAGGCGCCCGGGGGCCUUCCCGUGUCCCCCACCCGCUGCUCCGGGCUCGGCGAGGCGGCGGCGAAGGCGCCCGGAGAAGUGCGGGGAGUCAGUGCAAAGAGGGGCUCGGACGACAGCGGAUCCGUAGUGCGCUCGGGGAAUCGCAGGCUGCGCCGGGAGAGCUCAUGGUGCUGUACUGCUCUUCAUGCAGUUCCGUCUCUCUCUUUUUUUUUUCUCCCCACAAAAUAAAUGCCCAGCUGCUGUUGCUGCCUCCUCGGGAGCUUUUAACUCUCCGCUCGCAGCAUCUCUGCACAUGCCAGCCACUCCGAUCCCAUUCACAGUCCGGGCUCCGCUCACUCCUUCUCGGUACGGAUCACGCUUUCGGGUGGCGCGGAGAAGAAAUGUCUUUCCCCGCUACCAAGACGAGAGCACGGGGAAAGGAGAAGAGGCAGCCUUCGCGGUCUCUUUCUCUCUGGGCGACUGAUGCUGCUUCUGUUGUCAACACGCCCUGCAAGCUGCUCUGUGGAUCUGUCUGUGGAUCUUUUUUUCUUUGCAAGGCUUUAAAUACAAAAGUGCCCUCCGAGCAGCAGCAACGUGCUCUGAUUAGACUUCAUUAUGCAUGCAUGGAAAAGCAAACAAACAAAAAAAAUUAGCAACGCUUCUUCUUUUACACAACCCCCC